UGACCCAGUCAUGUGUCUUCUAUUCUAUGGGGCUGUACCUUUAUACAUUCCUCUCCACUUCUUUAUAUGGACACUCCAACUAUUGGAAAUAAAUAAAUAAAUACUUUGCUGUAAUAUUUAUCGUCGACAUUGCAAGUGGAGCUUCCCUCAGAAAACCGUGGAUAUGCUUUAGAGCUGUAAGAUCUUCUUCCCACGCAAAGCUGCCGUAUAAUGUUUUUAUAUGGGCUGAAGGAGAGUCGACGGAAACACACCGACGCGCACGAGACACAUGGUACAUAUUUCGUGUGCUGUUUGGAGCGACGCGCAACUGAAAGUCCGUUCAUUCCGACACUGACACCAUUUCAUCUCACUCUCGCUGACUAUUGACUUUUAUGGACGAGGAAUUUACAGCUUCGCACCCCAAUAGCCUGAUUAACGUGAUUUGAUGAAUUCAUACAGUAAACAAAGAGGACAGUGAAAUAUUUCUUCGUGGUUCAGAAGCGCGGAGAUUCGGACAAGAAAGUUCGUGAAAAGCUGAGAGAUGCGCGCGGACUCGCACUACUAUGAGGCGCGGCGUACAGUACGAGUGUUUUAAACCUUUACUGUGUCACUGUCAGUAAUUUACCUGCUUUAAACCAACAUAGAUUAUGUAUUUCGUCGGAUAUCUGUUGCUCAAGAACUGCUUCAGUGACUCGCGUUUAGCAGGUUGUUCUUUGUUUUGAUGCUCCCGUUUAUCCUUACGAAUCAGAGGUAUUGUUGUUUAUCGAGUUUACCGGCGCCUCACGGGCUUCUGCAAUGCGAGACUACGGAUUCAAACCGCUUGACAUUUCUCUGGAAAGCCAGUCGACUGCCAAAUUUUCAUUGAAUCAAACUGAAUGAGCCGGACACCUGGAUUGCCAAGUCGCAAGCUCACGGCCUAUUGAACACAUUAGCACCUGUCACAUCCGUCCAGCCAAGGUCAUCGCUCCUUCCCUUCAUUCUCCAUCCGGCUGUUAAACACCGAGUCCCGGCUCCCUGCUCUUCUACAAUGGAGAGUCUAAGUGAGCUUCAGAACCCUCUUCUGGAUAAGAACAGCAAGCAUAUGGUGAUGGCCGACUAUGGCUAUGGAGGGGACUUCCACAGCAACCAGUAUCAGGAGAACAUUAUAAACUACUUUGUGACUGGUGGAGGAGGUGGUGGUGGCGGUGGAGGUGGUGGUGGUGGGGUCGCAGUAACAGGAGGAAACGGCAAGGCGAAAUCUCAGCUACUGGACGCCACUUCGCUUCAUCUCGCGGUGGAGGCCUUUUAUAAGCCUAACUUCAUCCUUUACAAGGACGACGUGAGCGGCAAGGGCAAGGAUUACAAAAAUGAGUGCUGCGAGACCACCUUCAUGGAGAAGAAAGACAAGGAAGUUGUGGUUGAGACCCCCAGUACGGAGGACCCACAGGCUAAACUGUUGGAUGAAAAUGAUGUGAAAAUCCAGACGGUUUCUUAUGAGGUGGAGGAAGAGGAAUACGUUGAAUAUGAGACGGACUGCUCCAGUGACAGUGAAAGCGAGGACAACUUCAUCGUCAUCCCUCCUCGUGAUCACCUGGGUCUCGCUAUCUUCUCCAUGCUCUGUUGCUUCUGGCCUCUGGGCAUUGCUGCUUUCUACUUCUCUCAGGGGACCAGCAAAGCCGUGACUAAGGGAGACUUUCCAUUAGCUAGCAUCGCAUCUAGACGAGCCUUGUUCCUGGCUGCUCUCUCCAUCACCAUUGGGACAGGGGUCUACGUGGGUGUAGUGGUGGCCCUCAUUGCGUAUCUGUCCAAACCAGGCCACAUUUAGCAGACCGCUCAGGAGAGGAUUGCAAAACUCCACCAUACUACAGUUCACGUAUUUUUUUUCAAAUGUCUCAUUCUCGUCCCUCCCCGUGGACUGCCUGUCCAGUCAGAGAAAAGGAUGAAGCAGAAGAACUGGGCACUUUAUCGCCUCAGUCAUAAUAUAUACAUGUACGCUUCACCCUCGCGUCAAACCACACUGGAUGAAACUUAACUAAGUCUGAGAGCAGUUCAGGUGAAGAAUAUAAACUUCAGACAAAUCAGCAAUCCAAUUAACUGAACCCAAAAGAGAAAGUAUUCCAAGGGACACCAAGAAGGAUCAAAAGGGACUAAGUGCCCUUGGAUUUGUUUUUCUCUUCCCAACUGUGCUUCGUUCCAAAUCUGAAAGAGAAAUCAAGCCGUUUCUCUGUUUCUCUCUCUCUCAUUACUUACUUAGUCCGGUAAACCCUGUAUGUGCGUGUGGCCCAAUUAAACCAGCGUUGGUGAAUACACCGACUGCAGGCUUUGAGCUCUGUUAAAAAGAACAGAAUGUUUUCAUCCUAUGCUGGAGAAAUAACACAGCUUUGUAUGUUAUAAGCAAAUGUGGAGGUCAUACAUAAACCUAAAUGCUAAUGAUCACAAUAUGGAUCUACAGGACAAGAAAAAACUCUCCAAGACUGUGCGUUCCACCUUGAAUUAAUCACUACUUGUACACACAGUCUAUAUGUUAUUCCUACUUUUGUAUUCCUGGAUUUUAGGUGCUUUAAGUUGUAUAUGCUUUGCCUUUGUUUUGUUAAAAGUCCAAACUUCAUUCUGACCCAACAUAAGCAGCAAGGUUAAUGUGUGGGACGCAAGGACAGCAAGUGUUUAUGUUAUAUCGGUGCAGAUUUGCUUGACUUUACCAGAUCAACUUUUGCUCCCGGGUGUCUGAACUGAAUAUAAAUGAAAUGACUGCGCAAACAUGGAUGAAAUGGCGACGUGUCCUUUUACUCCCCAAAUGCAUCAUUUAAUGUCUCUUAUGAGUCGAGUACAAAAAUCAAUCAGACUUGGCAUAACAGACGCUCAAAAAUGUAUGAUAUGCUCUCUUCAGAUCCUAAGAUGGAUGUUUGAACAAAAAGCCAGGUUUUGUUUUCAGGUGAAAGGGCCUCAGAUUGAAUCGAUUAAUAAUGUAUAGGAUGUCUGUAAGCUCACGGGCAUGAACAGGAACACACAGGGGAUGUUGAGGUAAAGGUCGACUGCUCUAUUUCAACAACAAUGAAGCCUGGAUGUGGUGUAGUCAUCCGCAUAAGAACUUCAAAACAUGAAAACAAUGGCUUCUCCGGCGGCUAUAGGUUGUGAUUCGGGGCUUGAUUUGAAUUCCUCUGAUGGAGUGCUCAGUCGGAAACUUGGAGAAAUGAAAUUGGCCACAUUGUGAAGUAGGAAUAGCCAAUUGUGUAUACACUCCUAAUUGCUUCCCGUGGCUAUUUGGAAUACCCAGCUGUAUUGAAUACACACAUUUUCAGGGUGAAGCCUUUUGGGGGCCAGAUUGACAAAACAUUCAAGUACAAUGUACUAUUUUCUUCCUUUUCCAAAAGUUUGUUUUUGAUAUUCCCCCAAGAAAUUACAGAAUGUUCUUAGCUUUUUGUCAAAGGGAUGUAAAUUUUAAUUUGCUGAUAAUUUACUCACUCUAAGGCUAUCCAAGAUGCUCUUUAGUAGAAGAUUAAAGAAGAUUCUUAGCUGAAAUGAGGGUUCUCAAGACACCUCCAGGAAUUAUGUUUAGGACUGCUUGUUGAGUCUGUGGAUAAGAUAUAAUAAUGUUCAGUCUUUUGCAAAGACCGAUCAUUUUGCCAAUCCUUCAUAAUAAAUGAAUGUAUCAUCAGGAACUGUGGCAAAAUUGCGAUCUCGAUAAUUAUUUUCCAUGGUGAACGAUAACGAUAUACAUAUUUCAAUAUCAGUUGUUAAUGUUUCCAGGUUUAAAAGAUUAUCCCAACAACGACUGAAGCCAAAAAAAUUAGAGGGUCCAUUAAAUGGCAUAACAUAUUUUCGGCUGAUAAAUUUUCGGUGGCUGAAAAUUCUGUACAUCUCUAACAUCAACACACUUCUAGAUUCCCAUUGUAGCACAUUUCUGGUGUUUGAUUGGCUCCUAGAUCAAUAUAGAGUAAAAAAAAGUCCUGAGCUUGUCAUUGUUAUUGUCAAAUAUUAUCGCGAUUUAAUAUAAUAUUGUUUAUCAGCCCAACCCUAGGAACAACAGGUAUUAGUAAGAUUUGCCGGCCUGUUUUUUUGAUUGUCAAAGUGCCACCAGCCAUUAAAUUGCGUUUUAUAAAUCACCAAAGAUCAUGGUUUCAGCUAAAAAGUCUUAUUUGAAGAAAGUCACAUCUUUGAUAGUCUGAGGGUAUGUUAACUCCAAAUUCAAACCAAAUCUUUCCAUUUAAGACUAUUUGCAGAACAAAACAUUUUUAAAAAAACACCAUAAGUAACUUCUCAAAGUUAAGAUACCCUCCAAUUACCCUCCAACCUCCAUUAGACAAGCCUUAUGAGUUUGACAGUACGCAGUCAGAUAGCAUCAACACCUGUAAUUUUAUUCUUAAAACCAUGACACACUAAACUAGAGUUGAAGAACUAGCCGCAAGAAAAGCAGACUGUUGUCUCCUCACGUCAGCUGCGUCUCAGUCAGAACCUGUGAUUCAUCACAAUAAAAGGACUACAGGCGAUUACAAACGAGCACAUAUGCAUUCUGCAUCUGCGUGUGAGGAAUUUAACUGUCUAGAUGAGCAAGGAAUAAUAUUCAGAAUUCUUCAUUCACAAAGGAAUAUCUACACUAGGACUGCUACAGAUAUUUAAACUAAUCAGUGCACUCUUAUCAUUUUGGAUAUCAAUAUACUGAACAGUUUCGCCAGUCAGGUGGAUGCUGUUAUUGAUUGAUGGCUUGGUGCGUCUUGAUGAUCCUUGAGGACAAAACUAUGGAUGUUUUUUUUUUUUUUCCUGUACAAUUUACUUUGAUUUGAAGAAGGGAAUAAAACUGUCACGAUGUAGUAACUUCAUCUUGGUUUGGUUCACCAAAGCAGUGUUUCUAAAUGAUCCAGUUGUUAUGUGCAGGUAAACACUCAUCUCAUGGGUCAGAAUAAAACCUGUCUGCAUACCAAUCAUCCAUCA